UAUGUUCCGGUUGAAAUUGGUAAUGCACAGGUUUUCCCUUAAAUCGGAGAUGAAUUAUUAACCAUCUGGAUACAUUUACCUUAGCUUACAUCGGGUUUUCGUAAAUAUUGUAAACGGACACGAAAAAUGGCAAGAUUCAACGAAACAUGUCUAUAGAGAGAACCGGCAAGUCAAUCGACGAGGAUUUCCAAGAACUGAAAUAUCGACUCGAGCCACUAUUCGAUGCAGAACCCUUAAAGGCUCAAACUGAUUCUUGCUUGAGACGAUUCCUGCGUGCCUUUGAAGAUGUUGAUGAGGCAUAUGCUGCCUUAAUUAAGUACAUAAACUGGAGAGAGGAGUAUGGUGUGAACUGUUUGAGCCGAGGAGAUGAUGAUAUAGAAGAACAGAUAGCUUUGGACAAAGCUGAAGUCCUGGACUUCCCUGACCACAAAGGAAGGCCUAUUGUUAUUGUGACUGUGAGGAAUCAUGAUGCAAGAAGCAGAGACCUAAAUGUCAUCACUAAGUUUAUAAUUUACAUCUUGGAGGAAGCAACCAGAAAAUGUGAUGAAGACGUGAUUGAUAAUCUCUGCAUCACUUUUGAUUUGAAGGGUUUUUCAUUUAGUAAUAUGGACUAUGGCUUUGUGAAACAGCUUAUCUGGCUUCUGUCCAGACGGUACCCAGAGAGACUUGGAAAGUGCUUGAUUGUUAAUGCACCAUUCAUUUUCACAGGCUGUUGGGCUCUUAUCAGAUUAUGGUUACAUGAGGUGACAUCAAACAAGAUUGUGUUUAUCAAGAAUGAAGAGCACCUAGCUGAAUACAUACCUCUAGACAUUUUGCCAAAAGCUCUCUUUUAAACAGUUAUUCUUAUCGUCAUAGCCUUUUCUUUUUCUUUUCCAGUGCCUUUUUAAUUUUUUUAAGAGCAUUGUUCUGGUUAGAUUAGAAUGAUCUUUGAAAUUUAACCCUUUGGGUGCUUAAAAGCAUAUCAUAUAUGCUUUAAAAUGGUAUGAUAAAAUGUGAAAGCAAUUUGGAAAUAAGGCGAGAAUAGUAACUUUUUCAAUGGUUUUUAGUUGAUUUCACUUUGAUUUAUGAUUCAGUAUAAUUAUAAAUGCACAAUAAUUUUAAUUAUUCUAUUAAUUUUAUCAAUAUAAGCACAAGCUUUAUUCAUUUACUGUCCAGAAAAUAGAAUUCUAUGAGGCAAUAGCCAACUAUUUAAAGAAUUAAUUCAUAUUUAUAUUAAUUUAUUUGAAUUUGAAGGAAAUUGACGGGUCAGUUUGUAUAAAAGAUUAAAGAAUUUUUCUUGAGAUAAAAAUUGUUUACCUUGUAGAAAAUAGUGUUGCACCAGAAUACAAAGCACUGUGAUGAGUGUCACAACACAACCAAAUGUAGCAAUAUUAUUUAUUUUCUUUUUAACUGUUAAUUCUUCUAACUAUAUAUUAAUGUGUCUUUGUUUGACAUAAGGUUAUAUAUGAAGGAUUGGCAAAAUUAUUUGUUUCUUCUAAGAAGAACAUAAGGUUGUCAAAUUAAGUAAUUUAGGUGUUUGUCAGGUAUGUUUGGUGAAUUUGACUUCUUUAAAAAGAAGUUUUAUUUGAUGUUUGGUUUGUUUCUUUUAUAAUUUUAAAAGUGCUGACAAUUUUUUUGUUUAUGUUAACUUCCAUUUGAUUCUACGAGCCAGCCACCAACUUAUUAACAAUUUUUCAUCAUAAUUUGUGGGAAACAAAAUGAUACAAAUUCAAUAAACUAUUUUGUAAGUUGCCAUUA